AUGGCGGGGCCUGAGCUGCUGCUAGACUCCAACAUCCGCCUCUGGGUGGUCCUGCCUAUCGUUAUCAUCACCUUCUUCGUGGGCAUGAUCCGCCACUACGUGUCCAUUCUGCUUCAGAGCGACAAGAAGCUCACCCAGGAACAAGUCUCCGACAGUCAAGUUCUAAUUCGAAGCAGAGUCCUCAGGGAAAAUGGAAAGUACAUUCCCAAACAGUCUUUCUUGACACGGAAAUAUUACUUCAACAACUCAGAGGAUGGAUUUUUCAAAAAAACUAAAAGGAAGGUUGUGCCACCUUCUCCAAUGACUGACCCCACUAUGCUCACAGACAUGAUGAAAGGCAACGUAACAAACGUCCUCCCUAUGAUUCUCAUUGGUGGGUGGAUCAACAUGACGUUUUCCGGCUUUGUUACAACGAAGGUCCCAUUUCCACUGACCCUCCGUUUUAAGCCUAUGCUACAGCAAGGAAUUGAACUACUCACAUUAGACGCAUCCUGGGUGAGUUCUGCAUCCUGGUACUUCCUCAAUGUGUUUGGGCUUCGGAGCAUUUACUCUCUGAUUUUGGGCCAAGAUAAUGCGGCUGACCAGUCACGGAUGAUGCAGGAACAGAUGACUGGAGCAGCCAUGGCCAUGCCCGCGGACACCAACAAAGCUUUUAAGACAGAGUGGGAAGCUCUGGAGCUGACGGAUCACCAGUGGGCACUGGAUGAUGUCGAAGAGGAGCUCAUGGCCAAAGACCUCCACUUCGAAGGCAUGUUCAAAAAGGAAUUACAGACCUCUAUUUUUUGAAGACCAAGCAGGGAUCACCUGUGUCGGGAACUCCAAGAAGCGCUUAACCUUGUGACUUUGGUUUGAGCUGGAGCCGCUGGGAAUGAAAAGGCGGGUGCACGAGCUGGCGGGUGUGCAGCAAGGAUUGUUCUUAUCUGAGCCGGGUUCCCCUUUAUGUGUGAAACUAGAGGAAAUAUAAAGAGUAUGUGCUGGGUGACUUGCCCAGAAACAGCUGUUUUCAAAAUGUUUUAAAUUUUCCUUCUGGUGACUAGUAAUAAAAGUCAGAGAGGGGGGCAAACUCAAGCUAGUGAUAAUAUGUAAAACUUAGCAAGAAUUCAGUCUUUGGAAAAAAACAUUGUCAAGUAAACCUAAUUAUUACCUAGUCAUUCUGCCUUCUAACCACAGUAAACUCCUGUUUCCUUGUGUUCCAAA